AUGGCCGCGCCAGUCCCCCUAGACCGCAUGCCACCCACAACAACCGCCUACGUGAUCGCGACCGCAAUCCUUGCCGGUGUGACAGGUUACUUCAUCGGCCAAGGCGCCUCAAUAAACCUCUUCAAAGAGAAGCAAGGAUGGCCAAAUGGAUACGACGUUAAGCCCCCCGUGGACUCCUCAGAUGAAGAACUUGAAGGCGAAUCCGACGACGAGAGCGAGGAUGGAAACGGCGAGGAACUGGCAAACUUCAAGGACAAUGUUGAGGAGGUGAAGCUUGUGCUGGUUGUUCGAACUGAUCUGGGCAUGACCAAGGGCAAAAUCGCCGCCCAAGCCUCCCACGCUACACUUGCUUGCUACAAAUAUUUCCUGAAACAUGAGCCUGAGUCCCCUAUUCUGCGCCAAUGGGAGAACAUGGGGCAGGCUAAGAUCGCGCUGCAGAUCAAGGGCGAGGAUGAGUUGUUGACGCUGCAGGCGCAGGCUAUGAGUCUUGGUCUUUGCGCGCGUGUUAUUCAGGAUGCGGGCCGUACGCAGAUUGCUAGUGGGAGUCGGACGGUUCUAGGUGUUUUGGGACCUAAGAGCGUUGUUGAUGGUGUCACGGGGCAUUUAAAGUUGCUAUAA